AUGACUUCUUAUGAUGGCCCGAGUACCGUAUACAUAAGCGAAGAUGAAUACAACGAAGCGGAGGAGUAUUAUGACGUCACGCCAGAGAACCACCAGAGAAUGACAUCAGAUGACGUCCUGGAAUCGGCAGCUUCUCCCCACCAAUCACGUUCGUCUCUGAAGUCACGUGACCGUCCUCAUGGGUGGAGUCUCCAUUCGUUGUACACAAGACUUAUAAAAACCUUUCACAGGGCGUGGAAGGAAGUCAGAUUUAGUGACCACGACCCGGACAGCGUGGAGAUGAACAUCGUGCGCUACAAGCCGGACGGGAUCGAGGCCUUGGCGAGGACGACGAAAUUCAGCAAGAAGGAACUGCAGCUCAUUUACAGAGGGUUCAAGGCGGAGUGUCCGAACGGCUUCGUCAGUGAGGAAACUUUCAAGGGUAUUUACUCGCAGUUCUUCCCUCAAGGAGAUGCGACAGCCUACGCGCACUAUGUCUUCAACGCGUUCGACGCCGAGCAGCAAGGGUCGAUCAGCUUCGAGGAAUUCGUGACCAUCCUGUCGGAGCUGUCGCGGGGCAGCGUGACGGAGAAGAUCCGCUGGGCCUUCAACCUGUACGACAUCAACGGCGACGGAUACAUCACCAAGGAGGAGAUGCUGGACAUCGUGACAGCCAUCUACUCGCUGGUCGGCCGCAACGCCAUCCCCGCCGUCGAGGAGAACACCACGCAGGAGCACGUCGACAGGAUAUUCGAGAAACUCGACAUCAAUGGCGAUGGAAUGGUUACUCUUGACGAAUUCAUGGAAAUAUGCACAACAGACGAGACCAUCGCCAACUCGCUGACGAUCCUGGACACGAACUUCUGA